AUGAAUAAGUUCUUCAUUUUCAUCUUCUUAUGCACCCUCUCACUUUCGACAAGCGUUCCUGUUCGUGACAUUGACAGGAACGUCCUCCGAUCUGGCACCAACUACUACAUCUUGCCAGUCAUCCAUGGCAACGGUGGCGGCAUUACUCUAGCCCCCGGAAGAAACCAACCAUGUCCAAAUGACGUGGCACUAGAAAACAACGAAAAAAGUAACGGGUUACCCAUGAGGUUUGUACCGGCCGCCAACUCAAGCAAAGAUAAUAUAAUUCACGAAUCCGUUGAUCUUAACAUCGUGUUCUCGGUUGCUGGUAAAUGUAUUCCCACCCCGGUUUGGCGGGUUGAGAAUUAUGAAGGAGGGCGGAUUCUAUCAAGCCAUGGGAUGGUUGGAAGUCCGGGAGUGAAAACCAGGUUCAAUUGGUUCAAGAUUGAAAAGUAUGAGAAUGACUACUACAGGCUGGUGUUCUGCCCCUCGGUGUGUCAAGAGUGUGUUUGUGCAGAUAUUAGCUCCACUAUUGCUAAGAAUGGGCGAAGAGUUCUGGUUUUACAUGACAUUAAUAUUCCUCUUAAGGUCAAGUUCAAGAAGGCUUGA